AUGUUAAAAUUGUGGCUCGGGCUCGCUCUAACGGCUGAUUCAUCGGCGUUAUUUAGGGGAAGCAAUAGUUUUGGGAUGAGUCUAAAAAGGCCAUCGGAGCUCUAUAAACACCUAAGAGUUUCCAAGAGAUAUAUCCUGGGGAAAUCCCAUGAUGACAUAGUGACAUCGCUCCCAAAAGAUGAAGAUGCCCCCGAGCUAGAGUCACGACUUCAAUUCCAUAAGCAAUUUAUGAUAGGAGCACAAAGUAACAGAGCGGGGUUAGGAUCAAAUAGGAAAGUCCAAGAUGCGGAUAUAUUGAAGUCUUUUAUUCGGCAAGACGAGAAUGAUAAAUAUAAGAUCCAUGCAAUGAAUUUAGAAAUGCAGAACGAGUGGUUAGACAUAGGAGAUUUUUGCAUCCCAUUAGCAUUAAAAUGGCGCACUUUAAUUUAUGAUUGGUCGCCAGCAUUGCUAAAAUUCUAUCUCAAUGCGUUCCAGAUGACUCUCCCAGAUCAGAGUAAUUUAGUAAGAUGGGGUAAAAGUACCGAAAAAACUUGCUAUAUCUGUGGAAAGGCAGUUGGAACUGCUAAGCAUCUGCUGGUGGGAUGUAAGGUACUCCUGGACAGCGGUCAAUACUCGCGUCGUCACGAUAGGGUUCUAGAAGUCAUACGUGAAGCGGUUAGUCUUUCGGUAGCCAGAGCGCAAAAGGAAAUAACCACAAACGAACGAUCAGUAGGUUUUGUGAGAGAAGGCACUAGGGCUACAAAAUCAAACGUCAAGCCUUACUCCAUCCUUAAAGCGGCGUCGGAUUGGACUAUAAUGAUGGACACGUAUGAAAAGCAAUAUAAAAUCCCCGAGGAUAUUUGUGCGUCGGCCUCCAGACCGGAUAUAUUUUUGUUUUCGCGAAUUUUAAAGCGCGUAGUGAUGAUAGAGCUUACGGUCCCUUGGGAAACCAACAUCCCCAAAGACCAUACCAUCAAGGUCAACAAAUAUUACGAGCUCACAAACGAACUCACUCGAAAUAGGUUCGUAGUAGAUUUGUACGCGGUAGAGGUGGGAGCGAGAGGUAUAACAGCGAAAUCUCUCUACAACCUACUAAAGGACUUGGGCUUGUCCAGAACUCACAUUAAUGCAUUCUUGGAACGUAUAUCGAAGGCAGCCCUAGUAGGUUCUUUUCAAAUUUGGUUAGGUAGGGAGAGGAGCUUGGACAGUGGAGGUGAGCGUAUAACGCGCUGUUUUAGAAGCUUCUUAAAAGCAGCAACGGAUUGUGCACGUCUUAUAUUUAUGGGCAAGGAGUUCCACAAGCGUACUGCUUGGACAGAGAAGGAUUUAGUAAAGAAGGAAGAAGUAUGGGAAGGAGUUUUAAGUGUAAGGUUUAGUUCGGAGCGAAGACUGCGGAAAUGGGAAUCACUAAGGAAUUGGAAGGACUGUUUUAGAUAA